AUGGUAUCAGCUAGUGAAGCAGCUGAGGAAUACAGAGCAGUCCUUUCUGACCUGUCGAGGAAUGACAAAACUCAAAUUAAUUUGCUUACAAUUUUGGCAGAGGACUAUGCUUCUUAUUCUAGUGAAAUUGUUGGAGUUAUUGAAGAAACUCUCUACAAGUGUUCUGUUCCACUCAAAAUUGUUAUGUUAUACGUGAUUGAUUCAAUCGUAAAGAACGUUCAAAUUACUGGAGGUUAUCGUGAACUGUUUGCCAAGAAGAUUGUUGACAUGAUUGUUCAUGUAUUCAAGGAGGUGGACAUCUCUUGA